AUAGAGGUGAUACGAGGAUGUUCUGGCCUGUGGAGACGAACAGCCGUCUCCAUCAAUUACAUUUGAAGUGCCUGAAACGGCGGUAGGCUAGUCUUCACCGCAAGCCCCGUCGCUGGAUAAGGAGGCAGAUUAAUCUCAACUGCCAAACUUGCGGCUCGGCGAUCUACAUCUUGGAUGACGUAAGUGUUUAUGACCGCCGUCUCGUCUGUACGCACGCGUGCGGCGGAGUCUAAUUUCAGUUCCUUGGUGGUCGGGUAAUGUGGCGUGGUAAUAAGGCCAGGUACAGUUACACGCGGCUGCCAAAGACGCUGCCGCUUUCAUGAAUAAUUAAGAGGCGGUCGCGGCUACCUGUUCUUACCGGCGAGUUUGAGCUGGCUCAGCGAAGAGAACGGAGGAAGAGUGCGGAGAAACAUGGACCUGUCGGUCCUGCCGAACAAUAACCACCCGGAGAAGUUCCUCCAGCUGGACGUGAACACGCUGCGGGCCAGCCACGGGAUGUUCGAUCGCGUGGGGUUCGCCGCGGGAGCUGCGUUGUCCGGGCAACGGCAGUGGCAGAACAGAGUUUACUCACAGCGGGAGCACAGCGCUGUGAACGUGCGAAGCUCGUCCGCGGGGGGUAGCCCGGCGUUUACGGACCGGGUCCUGGAGAAGCACAUCACGCCGGUCACGCUCAAGACCAAGACCAACCCCCUCUACUCCGACCCCAGGGCUGACCGGGACGAGUGGGAGAGCAGGACGCCCAAACCGUCCUGGACCAUCCAGGAUUUCGACAGGCACUCGACGCAACCCGACCUGGCGGGCUAUUUAAAGGAGGAUCCCGGGGAUCUGAGCUUCUGGCUGGAGGAUCUGUACACCCCCGGCUACGACUCCCUUCUGAAGAAGACGGAAGCGGAGCAAAAGAGGAACAAAGUUUGCAAAAUCGUGACUCUGGUUGUUGUGUCCCUGUGCGUCCUCGUUGUGGUCAUCACGGUUCCAAUAGUGGUCACACGGUGAUUAAUGCCAGGAUGCCAACGAACUGAAGCUGCCACCCUGAGGGGUUUUCCACAAAGACGAUGAUUUAUUCUGUUCAAAAAGAGAGAGAUUUAUUUUCCAAAUGCAUGCCUUUUUUUAAAAAAGGGGCUAAUUUGUUACGUUAUUUUUCCUUUCUGUUUGUGGUGGGGAGGAAAUCAGGAUGUCUAAAUAUUGCCGUGACAACAAAGCCCUGUGUGGUGACAUGUUGAUAGUCACGUGUAGGUGCAGGGCUGUUGUCUGGCUCUGGAGGUGGGGUGGGUGGGUUAUUGGGGUGGUGGGGGGGGCAAUGGUCUCUGAACUUGUGGCAGGUAUCAUUGUCCCGGGCCCUGGAUUAAAACGAUUUUGUCCUUGGCCCAAAAAUUUCACCCGGCAACCAUUGCUUAGUAUUACUAACGCAUACAGUAAGUGUUCAAUUAAAGAUACGUCUAUCAUCGACUUUCCCCACAUCCCAAACCCAGCACAUUAAAUACUGGAACUAACUGGCCAAAAUAUAACCUUGCUGUCUGACCUGCAGUCAUAAUGAUAUGAAUAAUAUGCGCAUUAUUUUAUAUGACUGCUGAAUUAAUAUCAGCAUGUUAUUUAAUAUGCACAGGGUAGACUACUGUGUAAUCUCAGGAGUGUGGUGAGGGUAUUUUCGUUUGAAUAGUAUUAAGGGUUU